CUCGCUUUCUCGUGCCCCGCAUACUGUGUAUGCGCUGCAGAAGCUGAUAUCUUAGACUCAGAUCAAAUUUUGAUGUAACGACGUACCAGCAAACUGCAAUCAGCAUUGCUUGCCUUCCUAAAAAGUACCGCCUUUCUGUUUGCUUUUAUUAUUUGCUUUUCCUCUUCCCUUUCUUUUCGCUCUUCCUUUCUCAUUUUUGAAUGCUGGAGCUCGUUGAACCAUGGUCUUGAAUAAACCUGACGAAUAUAAAAAGGGUCUUGAUUCCCCAUACGGCGAUGAGAAACCGCCCACAUCAGCUGGUCUAGUAGGCGAUCCUGAAGCGCGGUCUAAAGACGUGUUUGCACAACUGACCGAUUUAGAUGUAAAUUUAGAACAAUGAAAAAAAAAGAGGAAUCCUUCUUUUGCUUCUUUGCAUUUGAUGUUUAAAGUGGUACUCCUUAUUCGCUCACGCUUAUAUAGAACGGCUUUCAAUGUCUGUUGGACAAAGUCAAGCAAGAUAUGCAAGCUUCCAAGGAUGCAAUGCUGUUCCUAAGAAAGCGAGCCGCCCUUGAAGAAGAAUACGGGAAACAGAUGAUCAAACUCGCGCAAUCAAUGUCAGAAUCUUUUGACAAGGCACAUCCGCGUUCAGGCACGUACGGUGAUGCCUGGACAUCGUUCCUCAAAGUACACGAAACGAUUGGUGAACAACGUUUACGGUUUUCUUCUGACGUUACUGAAGUCGCAGACGAUUUGCAACUGUUAGUCAAGGAUACUGAAAAGGGUAGAAAGCAGGUCAAAGAUGUUGGUCUGAAGCAUGAAAAGCAACUUAGCGACGCAGAUCUGACUUUGGAAAAGUGCAAGCAAAAGUACGAAAUGCAUAGCGAGGAAUGGGAGCGAGCAAUUUUACAAAAGAACAACGAUCCGUUACAUGUUCCUAAAAAAGGAUUGUUUAAAAACAACAAAACACAAGCCCAGUUGAAUAAAAUGGAAGAAGAUGCCCGAGUCAAGGCAACCAUGGCAGAUCAAAACUAUAGGCAACAGUUGCAGGCAACCAAUGCUUCACGGCAAGAAUAUUUCCAAACCCAUUUGCCAAAAAUAGUAUCGAGCUUAAAAGAUGUAGGAGAUGAAUGUUGCGUGGCACUUCGAUACCAACUUGCACGCUAUGCGUAUAUCUUUGAACAGGCAUUGACUGCCGACGGUUUGGCGCUCGAUAAUGAUGAUGGAUUGGGAUUACGGUCUUUGACGGAGAAGAUUGAUAAGGAUGCAGAUAUGACCGAUUUUAUAAAGUCAUACAGCAGCCGUGGAAAUGGCAGGGCAUACAAAAGCGAGAUCCCUUUCAAAGAGUACAGCAUGUCUGCCAAUGCCCUUACUGUCCUAAAUCCAAAUCCAGUGUUUGGCGUGGAUCUCAACACAUUGAUGGAUCGUGACCGAGAAGAAGUUCCAUUAAUUCUUAUAAAAUGCGCUGAAGUUGUCGAAACAUACGGCUUGAAUACCGUUGGCAUUUACCGUCUGUCUGGAGUAAAUACCCAAAUCCAAAAACUCAGGGCAGCAUUCGACCGCGAUUGUCGUGGCGUAAACCUCCUCACGGAAGAAUACAUUUCGGAUAUCAACAAUAUUACCAGUGUACUGAAGUUAUGGUUCCGCGAGCUACCGGAUCCACUAUUCCCACGUUCAACUUAUCAGCACUUUUUGUCUGCAGCCAAAAUCGAGGAUGAGCGGAUGCGUGUGUUGGGUUUGCAUACAGUCAUCAAUGAUUUACCAGAUGCCCAUUAUGCCACAUUGAAAUACCUCAUGGGUCAUCUUGACAAAGUACAACAACUUCAGCGAUAUAACAAGAUGGGUUCUGCGAACCUGGCGACUAUUUUCGGCUUGACACUGAUGGGCAAUGAGUCGGGAGUGACAGGCGCAAGUAUUGAUUCGCAGGAUAGUGAGCGGUUAGCAGAAACACAAUGGCAGGUCAGGGUUGUUCAAACAAUUCUGGACAACUACCGGUUGAUAUUUGAACCUGAUGAGCCAUAAAGGUGGAUCCGCGAUGUAUAGUAUUUCAAGACACACACUGACGCAUUUAUAUAAGAUAUCCCUCUUAAUAAAAACCAUCAAAAAGGUUACUUCAUCUCUUG